ACUCCUCCCUGUGAACAACACACGCGCCGCUCUCACAGCGCAAUGGUCUCUUGGAUUAUUUCUAGACUUGUGGUGCUCAUAUUUGGCACCCUUUACCCAGCAUACUCCUCAUACAAAGCUGUUAAAUCAAAAGAUGUGAGAGAAUAUGUGAAAUGGAUGAUGUACUGGAUAAUAUUUGCACUUUUUACUACAGCUGAAGUGAUUACUGAUAUCUUUUUAUGCUGGCUCCCUUUCUACUACGAGCUCAAAAUCGCUUUUAUGGUGUGGUUACUUUCCCCAUAUACAAAGGGAUCCAGUGUGCUGUAUAGGAAAUUUGUGCACCCGACACUGUCCUCUAAGGAGAAGGACAUCGAUGAGUACCUUUGCCAAGCAAAAGAUAAAAGUUAUGACACUCUGAUGCAUUUCGGGAGGAAAGGCCUGAAUGUUGCAGCAACAGCUGCAGUAUUGGCUGCCGCCAAGGGCCAGGGCGUUCUCUCUGAGCGGCUUCGUAGUUUCAGCAUGCAGGACCUGUCGUCUCUUCAGGCAGAGGGCCAGACAAAGACCCCGAGUUCUGUAACCACUCAAUCUGCAGCCGCACAGCACAGAACACGCACCAUGAUGCGCAGCAAAUCUGAGACUGGUUACGGUAAGGGCCAUGAUUUUGACAUGACCGAUUAUGAGGUCUUGAACUUGGAGCAAUGCACCUAUAUGAAGCCUCCUUGCCCUCUGACUCCCACACCUACCCUGACCCCAUCACAGCCCACUCCAUCUGAGCCCCUCUCGACUCCAGCACAGGCCAACACAACUCACGUGCUUUCGCCCCCUGAGUCCUUCCAGAAUAAACCUGCACCCUAUCCUCCUUCUCCACCUGUAGCCCAGGAGGAGCCUCAGGAUUGGGGGAAGGAGGGAUUUGUCCCUUCUGGCUCACCCCAGAUCAGAUUUAAGAGGCGUGCCCCAGAGCCUCCUCUUAGAACCCUACGACCAGUCACCUGCUCCAGAUCAAGGAAUGCCCUCACUUCUGACUCUGAAGCCAUGUGACUGUGCAUAUGCUCCGAGAGUGCUUUAGCUGUCUUCCCUGCAACAUGAGCAGAUGCAAUGAAAGACGGCAGAGAAAAGAAAAAGGAUGCAGCCAAAAUGUUAAAAUAUUUAAAAGCAGCCUUGCUCUGUAAUGAGGUAACCAAAGCGAUGUGCAAACCUUUCACUUCUGAUCUUUGACACUCGAGGGGGAGGGGCAUCCACUGAGGUAACACAUAUAUGUACAUACUGCUGCUCUGAGACUCAUCGGGGGUUAUUGAUCUCGUUUUGUACAUAUUUAUGGUAUGUCUGAGUGGAGAUAGAAUUUUUGGUAUGAUUUUGGGAGAAACAGACACAUGCAUGUCAUUUUGGUUUUGUGUCCUGAGAGCCCUAUUACCAUAACCCUCAACUAACCAUAACCACCACACACACUGCAAAAAAAAUAAAAAAUAAUAAUUCUCCUAAUCAAUUUUUUUGUCUUGUUACCCAAUACAAAUGUCUAUACAUUUUUUAUAAGAAGAUACAUUUCUUGAGAAGCAGAGUUAAAAGUUAUUAAGACUUGUUUUCAGAUCUUAAAUAAAGUUAAUUCUUUUUUUACCCAUAUUUUUCUUCUUGUUUUUAGUAUAAACCUCACUAAAUUUGGUUAGAUUUACCCCAGUGGGGUAACUUAAUUCAAGAUAUAUUCUCUAAAAAACAAGUCCUAAUACCUCAUAAUGUUGCUUCUAAAGUAAAUUUAUCUUCACUGUUAAAAAUCCAACAUCCAUUUUGUCAGACAAUCUCUAUAAAAGUGAUUGAACUCUCUAAUGUGGAAAAGGUUGAGAUUAUUUAAAAAAAUCGAUAAGGUCAACUUUUAUGCGAUUCAGUGUAAUCAGUACAAAAUUUAAACAGCGAGAACAAUGUUAUGUUUGAUUUUGAAGGUAGAAUUUACAGGCUUUUGAGCAUGCUCAGUUUGAUUCCUGAGGAAGCCAUUUGUGGCAGAAUAUUUCUUCUCCAAUAGUCAUGAACAUCUGUUAAAGUCAAUGAAAGGUCCUGAAAAAUCAUGGGUCAGAAAUGUGGGAACCCUGUUAGGCUAAGCACUAUGGACUUCAUAUUGUUGCAUCUGCUACCGAGUGUGCCAAUUUGUUUGGAGGCAAUACCCAUAAACCUUUGCGCUUGAAUUUAUUUAUGUGUGUUUGGUCAAAGCGUGGUGAAUUAUGAGAAUAUGUAACUAAUUGUUUAGAAUUAAUAGAUGUUUUUUUUUGCUUUAUUUAGUGUUUUUAAUGAUGUAAAUGUUGAAAGUUGAGUGUUUUGUUUGUAGUUACCAUCAGAGUGAUGUUUGCUUUAGUCAACUUUCUUAAGUUUUAAGUUGUCUUAACUCUUUGAAUGUUUUAGGGGUGAGCAUCAACACUGUUCAUUAAGUUAGCCCAACUAAGUAGUAUUCAGGUGAGGCUGACACAUGACCUUUAGUGAAAAUGGAAGUCUGCUUAAAGAAUAUCUUGUUCCAAAAGCUCAAUUUUCUGAACCAGGAAGACACUAUAUGUAUGCACUACUAAACUUAAAAAUGCAAACUUGUUGAACUUGGGUAUACAUGUAGACAUCACUGUUAUUUCUGAGUUUGUUGGACUUAAUUUAACUAAUCUGACCUUAAAGCUGAAGUAUGUAAUGUCUGCGCCACUAGCACCACUGAAUGGAAUUGCAAAAAUAAACAAUGCUUUCAAAACAGCUUUCUGAGUACGCCCAUCGCCUGCAGUUGUUCAAACAGUCAAGUAGUCCCGCCCCAACUCAAUUCAUUGGUUGAGUAACGUUGUUGAAGCGGAUCUUACUCUACCCAAGUAAAUCUCACAUCAAAUAACAACAAAAUGUAAUUCAAUAUAAAAUAAAUAAAACAUAGCAACAAAUCUUCAAUUUGGAUUUUUCUAUCAGCACGAGACUUGAAUUUUCGGGCCGCAGUAGCAAAUUUACCACCGCAACGUACAUCGGCGUGCCCCAGAGACAGGAUAACCAGAGCUUUGGGUUAGCGCAAAGGACAACUCAACAUGCAUUCGAUAUUUCGGCACGCGGACACCACAAAAUGAAUGCACUUAAUAUGAAUUCUACAGAGAAUCAUCUCAUUUAAAUCACCGGGGAAGAAGUAAAAUUAUAGUUUCAUAUUAAAUCUAUUAGGAAGAAUUUGUUUAACUUCAUUUUUAUAUUAUUUUAAGUAUUUUAAUCGCUAUUAGGCUAUUAAUUUUAGAAAGACUAGCUACAUUGCCCAAACUAAGGUAAUGAUGAGGAGCCAUCCAUUGUGGUUAUACCUCUAUUAUUAGGCUACCAAUGACAAUUUAACAGUGGAAGAAUUAUGACAGGCUAAACAUGCAAGUAUGGGCAAGUAAAAAUUGUAGAAUGAAGGUGUUUAAAAUCUGGACCUCCAUGAAUUUUGGACAAAUUGUAGACAAAGUUUUCCUCCUGUUCUAACCGGCUCUUUUUACCUUCAGAUAUUUCAAGAUAUGACUUACUAUAAAUUAUUAAGAGUCUGAUGAAAGGAAAACAAUAUUUUGUAAGGACACAAAUUUUUUUACUGGAAGCACAGUUCCAGCUCAGUAAAGUGGCCCACUCAUACUGUAGGUACUGUCUUUUAAAAGUCUUAUUUAAAUUAAAUUCAUUUAGUUUGAUUUCCCAUAGCAUUUUGAAGUAAAAUAAUUGUAAAAUUCUAAACGUUCCAGAUUUCCACUGUAAACAUGAAAUACAGUUUAUAUAUUUGAAGAUCAUUUUUGAACCCAGGAAAAACCCUGACUGUGCCAUAGUGUAUGGGUGUUUUGAAAUUGUGAAUGGUAGGUAAAUUUGUGUAGUGAGCCCAAAAAAAAAAAAAAAAAAAAAAAAAAAUAUAUAUAUAUAUAUAUAUAUAUAUAUUUAAGUAUUUGUCUUUUUUUGGAUUUUCUCCCCUUUUCUUCCCAAUUUGGCAUGCCCAGUGCGCUCUAGGUACUCGUGGUGGCGUAGUGACUCGCCUCAUUCCGGGUGGCGGAGGACAAAUCUCAGUUGCCUCAGUUGCGCAUCUUAUCACAUGGCUUGUUGAGCGUGUUACUGCGGAGACAUAGCACAUGUGGAGGCUUCAUACUAUUCUCCGCACCAUCCACGCACAACUCACCACGCGCCCCAUUGAGAGCGAACCACAUUAUAGCAACCAUGAGGAGGUAACCCCAUGUGACUCUACCCUCCCUAGCAACCGGCCAAUUGGUUGCUUAGGAAGCCUGACUGGAGUCACUCAGCACACCCUGAAUUUGAACUUGCGACUCCAGGUGUGGUAGUCAGCGUCUUUACUUGCUGAGCUACCCAGGUCCCCCUAAAAGUAUUUGUCUUGUAGGGUUGGAUUAUGUCUUUUUGUGGUGUUAGAAAUUAAAGAUAGAAGGCCUACUAGUAUCAAGUAAGCGCACUUUAUGUCCAGGAAGGUGCCACGGGAAUGGGGCCCCUGGGCUUGAACGAUUUGCCUGUUCAUUAAUGCGACCCUGCCCAUGACAUCAAAACCUCACUCCAGCCUGGUGUCCAAAGUUGGCAACCCUAACAUACUUAGUUUUAAGUUGAGAAAACUUAAAAAGGCCCUCAAAGCUGGUUGCCUUAAGUUUAUUCAACUUCUGAUUUUUAACAGUGUUGUUUCAAGGAGGUAUAGACAUUUUUACUGAAAACAAGACAAAAUUACUGAUUAAGAUUUUUUAUUUUAUUUAUUUAUUUAUUAUUUUUUUGCAGUGCAGUACAGUGUACUCUUCUUCUAGUUUAUGAACAUACAUGGGAGUAUCUUUGAGUACAACUGUCUGCAGAGAGUGACCUUUGAAUACAAGCUUGUAGUUCAACCAAAAAAAAAAAAGAAAAAAAAGAAAGAAAGAAAGAAAAGUAUUGACUGAAAUACCAUUUAUGAUAUUGUGCACCUUAAAUGAUUCAUGAUAUAAAUUGAAUGGACAAUGUGCAAUGAACUAACAGUAAAUCAACCACAAAAUAUACAAUAGGAAUUGUGAUGUUACGUAAUAACCAUUUGUAAAAGGCAUAGUUCACCCAAAAAUGCAAAUUCUGCCAUCAUUACUCACCCUUAUGUCGUUCAAAACCUGUAUGACUUUCUGUCUUCUGUAGAACAUAAAAAUAGACAUUUUAAAGAAUGGACUGGUCACUCUUUUCCAUGCAUUUAUGAAUGUGGACUGGAGCUUUCAAGCUUCAAAAAUGAUGCAAAGCAUCUUUAAUUUGUAAUUUAAGCUUUUAAUUUAAAGCACCUUUAAAAUAUAUCAAAAGUGGUCCAUACGAAACCAGAUAAUUCCUUUGUGUGAGGAACAGAUAGAAUUUAAUCGUUCAUUGGAAGAAAGAAAUUCAUACAGGUUUAAAUUGACAUGAGGGUGAGUAUAAAUGACAGAAUUUGCAUUUUUGAGCAAACUAUUCCUUUUUAGUGCUUUAAAGUUAACCAAGACACCAAGAGGCAUUAGGCAAAUUAGUUUUUUAUUUGUUUGGUGACAUUCAUAUUUUUUCAUUAAUCAUUAUUAAUCAUUAUUACUAAGCAUGUACAGUAUUUGUAAUCGUUUAGAAACGUUCAAAAGUUAGCACUGAAUGACCAACAUGGAGUUUAAUGUAUUUUUUACAUUUGAAUCUAAUUGAAAUCAUAUUUUGGUUCAUUUCUACAGUCGCUGGCUUUUUAAAUCUGUUCAGUUGCUUGAUGUUGCAUGCAUUCACAUGAAAUGUUGACAAUAUGAAUGUGUCCCUCAUCUUUGAGCGUGUUCAGAAUUACCGUUGAAGUACCUAAUCAGAGUUGAGUAGGCAUUGGUGGUGCGGUGAUCGGCUCUGUGACACUCAUAGUACCCAGAUGGAAAGAGAGACAAUCACAGAGCGAGUUCUUCACUCACUGUUGUAGUGUAGCUCUUGUAGCAUUCACACAUUUAGUCAUAUAGUUUACUCCUAGACAAGUCAAAUCACUGUGCGAUUACACUGGCAUGUAUCACAGCUUGGUGUUGUAUCAUUUCUGAUUACAGUCAUGUGUAUUAGAUUGACUUAGAGCUGUAGAUUUCUUGAAUGUCAUGGAGAGAGCAGCAGAGUAUCAACUGUUUCAAAUGCAUAGCAACCACAGUUGGAUCUUGGAACACUUGAUAUUCUUUAUGUAGAGUUUGAGAGGGAAACAUUAUGUUUUAGACUGUGAGAAUGAUGACAAUCCGGAUCUCACAAACACGCCUUGUAGAAUCAAAUGUUUAAUGUGUUUAAAAUAUCCUAACUGUCCAAAUGAACAUUUCUUUAGAGUGCUUAUAUCAAGCUUCAUUGACAGAAUAUCUGCCUCAGGAACCGUUUUUGUCAUUAUAUUACAAUUAAUUUUUUACAAACGUAAAAUUAUCUACAUUGUUAAGGGAAUAGUGCUAAUGAAAUGUGGAUGAAUUUUACGAGGCAAUGCCUGGGUCAUAUUUCACCCCCAAAUCAAAAGAAAAUAAUAAGAAAUUAGAUGUUUUAUAAAGAAAAUAAAGCCAAUUUGAAAGGAAUACAUAAUUCAGGGUUCAAUACAAGUUAAGCUCAGUUGAAAACAUUUGUGGCAGAAUGUUGAUUACCACAAAAAAUCAUUUUGACUCGUCCCUCCUUUUCUUUAAAAAAGUUAUAUUGAGGCACUUACAAUGGAAGUGAAUGGGGCCAAUGUUUAAAGUUUAAAGUCAGAAAUGUGAGGCUUAUCAUUUUAUAAAAGCACUUACAUUAAUUCAUCUGUUAAAACUUGUGUAUUAUUUGAGCUGUAAAAUUGUUUAAAUCAUUAUUUUUACAGUUGUUUUAGGGUUUGUUGAUAUUACAUCGUCAUGGCAACGAAGUUGUAAAAUUGGCUAUAACUUUACAACGAAAAGGUUAGUAAGUGAUUUUAUCACACUAAAAUCAAGUUAACAUCCAUUUUGUUUACGUCUUGUAACUAUACUUUUGAAACAGUGAGUAUUUUAACGUUUACGGAUUGGCCCCCAUUCACUUCCAUUGUAGGUGCCUCACUGGAACACAGAUUUUUGCUUUUUUAAAAGAAAAAGAGGGACGAGUCACAAUACAUUUUUGGUGGUUAUCAAUAUUAGGCCUGAAAUGCUGUCAAUUGUGCUUAACUUGUAUCGAACCUGGAGUAAUCUUUUAAGAUUUAUUUGCAUUGUGAAAUUAUUUUCAUAACAAUUAAGCACAUUUUCCCUUAAAAUUCUCAUUACUGUAAUACAGUAUUAAAAAUCAUCCUGUCAGCAUAAAUUAAAUGCAGUAUAACAAAUACUAACAUGCCGAAUACUGGAAGGUGCUGUAAGCGAUUUUAGCUGUUCUUGAACUUCCACAAGACUGAGCCAUUGAAUUAGACACGCCCCUCCUUUCCAAAGCACCACACUCCAAAGACAGCAUUGAGACUGAAAACCGAGCAGCACUGUGUCUUCUCACGGUUGUCAAACACAACAGUAGCAAAGUAGCGCUCUCAGCUGACAACUGUUAUGAAUCUAAAUAUGACAUUAAAACUGAAUAAACAUUCUGCAUCAACUACUGCACUGUGAGAAUGUGCAAAAUGAUGGACAGGCAGAAAGCACAUCUUCUGAUUGGCUGAUCAAACAAUGUGUCCGCAGCCCAAGUUUACAGAGUCUAGUGCUGUCACAGAGAUCUGUGAAAUAUCUCAGGACACUUAUUUCAUUCAUAUCUUUCAGGGAGCAGAAACAUUUUCUGCAUACCAUUCCAUAAUAAUAAAAAAAUUGCUUACUGCACCUUUAACCACUGUAAUUUUCUGAUUUACUUUGCAAUCCAAAUAACAUAUUUCACUUUAAUAUGAAUGUGUGUUUAAAAUAAUUUCAAAAUACAUAAAAUCUUAAAAUUGACUUAAAUGUGUAAUAUUUUUUUCCCUUUUGAUUUUAGGGUGAUAUUUGACUACAUGUAUUGUGCUUAAAGGAGGAAAAGCAUCUGGUUUGAAUUAUUUCUGUUAGCUUCAUAUUUUCAGUUUUGACAGCUAGAUAAAAAAUGCAGCAUUUUCUCUCUGUGACAUUGGUAUGAUUUUAAGUGCUAUAAGUACAUGGAACCAUCUUUGGCCUUGUACUACAUAUACUACAAGUUUUGACUACUGCUGAAUAGUUUCUUCAAAUAAUCAAGUCAUUAAAGGCACAACCUUUGACAUUUCUAACCAGGUAAAUUUCAACUGAGUUGUUGACUAUGCAUUUAUCAUGCAGUGGGGAAAUAUAUGAAAUAUAUUUACAUAUGAACUUACCCAACUUAAUAUCUACCAAAUUGUGUUUAAAAUAUGAAUCUUAUGGACUUGUCUCUGUGUUGGAAGUGUUAAAAUAUGAUGCAGGGACAAUUUUAGAUGCAUGCUUAAUCAUGCCGGAGGAUAUGUUUUAAAUUCAGGGACAUAUAAGUAGAGGCUGUGCCUUUAAAGACGAGAAAAGUCCUGGCUUUCUGUUAAAAGCAUUUGAAACUGAAAUCAUUUAUUUUUGCCUGAAUUGUUUGUUUUGUGCAAGGUUGUUCCAAAAAGACCACUUUUUAAUGUAGCUAGAAAAAGACUUGAGAAAAGGGUGUCAAGAUGUUUUCGUAAAAUAUAACGGCUUGCAGCAUCUCCUUGAUGUAUUUCCAUAUUUCACCGCUGUCAUGUCUGGCAGGCCAGAAUAUACUGUAUCUCAUUAUUCAAGGUCAUUUAUUGUUGUCUUCAGUGAUAAAGACAGAAGUUGAUGUAAAACAGUGAAAUGAUCUCUGUUGAAAAACCUCCAAAUGUAUUGCAUUCAGCAAUUAAAAGGUAAAUGUGAA